AUGAAUUUAUUAAAAUUUACAGAAACCAUGUUGACUGAUAUGGAACAGAUGCCCUCCUUAAAACUUGGAGAUUUCGUAUUACAAUUUGAGCUUGGGCCACCAACACCAGAAAUCCAAGAGGUUGCUAAAAAAGAAUUACGAGAAACACCAGAAGUUCAAAAGAAAGCAGUGGAAGAAUUGAAAGAGUUAUUAAAAAAAGAUACGGAUCUUAAAUGUCCGCUACACAAUGAAUCUUGGCUCAUAAGAUUCUUGAGACCAUGUAAAUAUUACCCUGAGUCAGCUCACAAACUCGUCCGUGAAUAUUAUUCAUUCAAAGUGAAACAUGCGAAUGUAUAUGAGGGUCUAAAACCGAGCAAUGAAAAAAAUAUUUUUGAGCACAAUAUUUUAACUGUUCUCCCUAAUCGUGAUCAAAACGGACGAAGAAUAUUAAUCAUUGAGCUCGGAAAAAAAUGGAAGCAUAACAAAGUAUCCUUAGAUGAAGUAUUCAAAGGAUGUGUACUAUACUUAGAAGCAGCCAUGCUGGAGCCAACUUCACAAAUAGCCGGUGCGGUAGUGAUAUUUGAUAUGGAUGGGCUGAGUUUACAACAAACUUGGCAAUUUACUCCGCCGUUUGCUAAAAGAAUUGUUGAUUGGCUUCAAGACGCCGUUCCAUUAAGAAUUAAGAACAUUCAUAUUAUCAACCAACCAUACGUUUUUAACAUGGUAUUUGCAUUGUUUAAACCUUUUCUUAGACAAAAGCUAAAGGACAGAAUUAUUUUCCACGGUACUGACCGCAAAUCUUUGCAUAAAUAUUUGUCACCAAAAUGCUUACCCGAAUGCUAUGGUGGAACUCUUUCCAUUCCUAGAGUUACAGGAGCACAGUGGCUCGAAUUACUAUUAAUGUGUGAUCAAGAAUAUGAAGCAAUCAAUUCAUAUGGUUUCAAUAAAAAUUGA